CGUAAACCUUAGGUACUUUCAAGGAAUAACCCGAUAGGAUAGUUCUUUCCUUUAAACUAACAUUCGUGAUCUUUUUUCCUCCAUACGGCAGUAACGAAUACGGGGAUUAACCAAUCUUAUUUCAACCUUCAGGCAUCUCCACCAAAAUAUACACGUCGCGAAAUCCUAACUUGACCUCUCAAGGCGACAUGGGAAUACCCUCUAUGACAUAUCCUAAAGAGGAUCCUUGAUUAUACCGAUUGAAUUAGCGGCCUCAGUAAAAUCGCUACGAUGGUUGAUGCGAUGGAUAUUGAUGAACCGAGGGGCACCAAACGAAAAGCCCCGUCCUCAAUAGAUGAGGGCGCUCCUCACCGAAUUAAGGCGCUGGACCCAGAUGUUGUAAAUAAGAUCGCCGCCGGCGAGAUUAUCGUAGCUCCAGUACAUGCUUUAAAGGAAUUAAUUGAGAACGCUGUUGAUGCGGGAUCCACCUCUCUAGACGUCGUUGUCAAAGAGGGCGGCUUAAAAUUAUUACAGAUCACUGAUAAUGGUCAUGGAAUUGACAAGGAAGAUCUACCGAUCCUCUGUGAAAGGUUCACCACUUCUAAACUCAAGAAGUUUGAGGACCUAAGCAAUAUCAGUACCUAUGGCUUCCGAGGUGAAGCCCUUGCCAGUAUUAGCCACAUAGCUCAUCUUACGGUGACUACGAGGACGAAGAACUCGGAUUAUUCAUUCCGCGCACAUUAUGAUGGUGGUAAGCUGUCUCCUGCAAAACCUGGCCAAUCGGCCGAACCUAAACCUACCGCCGGGCGAAUUGGUACACAAAUCUCAGUAGAAGACUUGUUCUACAAUGUCCCAACACGGCGCAAGGCCUUUAGGUCGCCCUCCGAUGAGUACAACAAGAUCAUUGAUAUGGUCGGACGUUAUGCCAUUCAUUGCGCCGGUGUCUCCUUCUCUUGCAAAAAGCACGGUGACUCAGGUACCUCAAUCACUGUGCCGUCGCAAGCAUCCACGAUAGACCGCAUACGUCAAAUACAUGGCGGUGCCGUUGCAAGUGAGUUAAUAGAAUUUACCGCCUCUGACCAACGCUGGGGAUUUAAAGCUUCGGGUUGGGCCACAAAUGCGAACUACCACAUUAAGAAGACGACUCUCCUCCUCUUUAUUAACCAUCGUAGUGUGGAAUCUUCAAACAUCAAAAAGGCCGUGGAGCAGACAUACUCCGCAUUUCUUCCCAAAAAUGGACACCCAUUCGUUUAUCUCAACCUCGAGGUCGACCCCCAACGAGUUGACGUCAACGUCCACCCGACGAAGCGAGAGGUUAAUUUCCUGAACGAGGAUGAAAUUAUCCAAUGCAUCUGCGAAAAUAUUCGUGACAAGUUGGCGGCAGUAGAUACAAGUCGCACAUUCAUGACGCAGACGUUACUUCCAGGAUCUAUGCUUUCUGAUGCUCCGAUUCUGAAAGAUGUUAGCAGCCCUGCCGCGAGAACCCCCGGCAGCGUCCGAAAAAAGACGAGGCCUAAUGAAAAUUACUUAGUUAGGACAGACGCUUCAUUGCGCAAAAUUACCAGCAUGUUCCCGACUGCCCCAGGAACAUCGAGCAAUGACACGACUGAUGCUGGCCAAGAGCCGGUCUAUGAAACGACAGACCGUGAGCCGAUUCUCUGUCGGCUUACUAGUGUUCGCGAGCUCCGCUCUGAAGUCAGGGAUGAUAUGCAUCACGAACUCACUGAAAUUUUCGCUAAUCAUACCUUCGUGGGCAUUGUGGAUGAGAAACGGCGAUUAGCCGCCAUUCAGGGAGGCGUCAAACUGUUUCUCAUCGAUUACGGUCGCGCAUGCUUUGAGUAUUUUUACCAAGUGGGGCUCACUGACUUUGGUAAUUUCGGUACUAUCAAGUUUCAACCUGCACUUGAUUUACGCGAAGUGCUGAAGAUCGCAGCCGAGCAGGAAAAAUCUACUGCCACGAGCGAUAAUGAUUUUGAAGUAGACGAAGUUGUGGAAGCGGUGGCGGAGCAGUUAAUCGAAAGAAGAGAAAUGCUGAUUGAAUACUUCAGCUUCGAGAUCACACCGGCUGGCGAGUUAUUGAGUAUCCCGCUUCUCCUUAAAGGUUACACACCUUCGAUGGCGAAACUCCCACGAUUCCUACUCCGCCUUGGCCCCCGCGUGAACUGGAUGGACGAGAAAUUGUGUUUCGAAACUUUCCUAAAGGAAUUGGCGACAUUCUACGUCCCCGAACAGCUUCCGACUCUCCCGGGAAGUGACGAGACAGAGGAAGAUAUCCCAGAUGAGAUCAGGACAAGGAGAUCUCAAAUUCGCCGCGUAAUAGAACACACAUUCUUCCCGGCAUUCAAGGCGAGAUUAGUGGCAACGAAAUCAUUCAUGAAAGGUGGUGUACUUGAGCUAGCAAGCCUCAAGGGCUUGUACAGGGUCUUUGAGAGGUGCUGAUUUCUACGCGGAUAUGCGAUACCCAAUAGCUUUGUAAAUAUUUAGGAAGAUUGACCAAUACGGAGAGAUGGAGGGUAACUAUGGCGUACAUAUCUGCCAUCAUCGUAUUAUACCUUCCGGGCGCUUUUGAUGGGAUGUGCUAUGUGGUUGCUGUAUCAUAGGGAAUGGUGCCGUUACUCAAGCCCCUACCAUUGAUUAAAUUGACCAUACCCGAUGAAUUAAGACUGCAUUGAGUAAAGAA